UGUUGAAUAGAGUUUUGUCAUCCAAACGCCUUGACAGCGGCAACAAUCGAGCUGCUCGAGGCACGUGCGGGGCGACCUGUGGCACUGUUGAGCUCGAGACCUGUAGUCCGAUUUGAAUAUCUAGCUCUUUGGUCAAUAUUGACGAGUAUUACCCGUGGACUCCACCAUGGCGAUCAGACUAUGGGAUCCGGGCUGUCAUACACGAGGUAUAUCAUCGCUUCGCACGGACCUCUCUCACACUGUCUGGGCCGUCAUAGGACCAUGCUGUUUUGGUGUACGGAAAGGGCAUGAACAGGUGUCCAAUGUGUCGUUGCGACAAAAUGGACUUACCUGUCACCUUGUCAAAGAUAAUCCUGCACCACUGCUUCCACCAGCGACAUGAACAACUUGUUUCUUUGAAUUGGAUUGACCAGACAUGCCUUUUUCAGGACGGGCCGGAGGACUUAGCACAAAGACAGUGGUCGAAGAAGAUGAUACGGAGCGUUCUUUCGAUGGACCGUCUCCAGGAACCCGACCGGUGCGAACACUAAGCACGACUGACUUGCGGACAACGGGACAAGAACCUCAGUAUGUAGGAUAUCGUCGGAGCGGUGACAAUCCGGGAGACAGAGCCGGUUACUUCCCAUGGAAGGACAAUGCGGCACAGGCAGGGUCGACGCCGACAAGUCGCAGGCCAUCAGGCGCUGAUAUCCCCAGACGAGAUAUGCCCAGACGAACAUCAACUUCACAAGGACUGUGGACAAGAUCGAAGUCUGUUGCCGAGAAUUAUUUCAAGCCAGCAAUGACGGAACAACCAUGGGCGGCCCCUACAUCCGAGACCCGGCGAGGGUCUGUAGCAGGACCUGGGGAGUCCCGUCGAGGAUCUGUAGCUGGACCUGGGGGUUCACGACGUGGCUCUCAAGUAGCUGGACCGGGGAGUGCCACUGAUCCAUCUGAUGAAACACAUUUGUGGAUGAACGAUGCGGUCUUCGCAAGAAGACGCAGCACUCCCGUGUUUCCAGUCCCAGACUAUUCAAUGUCAAACGCGACUUCUGGUGCCCAAGCCGGUAAUCGCGGAGGCUCGAUGUCCUCGACUCAGAGAAGGCUCGCCGGUUCUCAAGACCUCGGAUCCAAAACUCAGCCGAGCAAAUACAGGAGUGGCUGGGACAGACGACUAUCCCUCUCCGAUUACAUCAAGCCGAAAGCUGAGACCGAAGGAGGUUUCGGACGAAGGACCACAAGAGGUACAAGUACUUCGGGUCGGUCCACGUCGCCAUCUGUUUCCGCCAAGAGCGGUCAAAUUGGCGAUGUCCCAAGCACGGGUUUUCAGUCAAAGAUUCAAUCUCUGUGGGCUUCACCUGUCAGCAAAACUUCAGAAUCUCCGACAUACCCGCCAUUCACCCCUCGUUCAGGGUCGGAGAACCUCUUCGACAAUAUAACCUAUAAAGCUCGACAAUCAGUUGUAAAGGUCGAAAGAGCAGCUCCACGGCGUGGAGUAUACUUUCGAUCUCGUCGAAUCAGGGAGAAAGACCUCGACCUGUCGUGGCUGAAGCAAAACAAGGAUCCAAGACUAAAAUGGCUGUCCCUUAUUCCAAUCAUCGGUCUUCUGUUGGGGUUGUGUAUUGCAGGAGCAUACAUCUUCCUUGGUAUCCAAACUGUCCCAAUACACAAAUAUUGCAUGGUGUAUCAGGACGAUUUCUCCUCCUCCUCAACCUUGAACUCCGACAUUUGGACCAAAGAAGUCGAAGUCGGUGGAUAUGGAAAUGGUCAAUUCGAGGAGACCACUGGGACUGACGAAAACGUCUUCAUCAAAGAUGGGAUGCUCCAAAUCAUGCCUACGCUGCAAGACGCCAGUCUUCUGGUCAAUAAUGCCACACUCAACCUUACCAAAUUAGGGACCUGCACCUCUGAUGUCUGGUCCAAUUGUGUCGCCACCACCAACACUACCAACGGCACAAUCGUCAGUCCUGUGAGAUCCGGCCGUAUCAAUACGAAAAAGGGUGCGAACCUCAAAUAUGGCCGCAUUGAAGUUGUGGCCAAAUUGCCACAAGGAGACUGGUUGUGGCCUGCGAUAUGGAUGUUGCCCACGGACUCAGUGUACGGAUCGUGGCCUCAGAGCGGCGAGAUUGACAUUGCAGAAUCCCGCGGGAACAAUCAUUCGUACUAUAACGGUGGAAACAAUGUCAUGUCCUCGACUCUGCAUUGGGGCCCCGACAGCACGGAUGAUGCAUGGUGGCGCACAUACGGUAAGGUCAGUGCCCUGCAUUCAGCUUUUCCCGACCAAUUUCACACGUUCGGGCUGGAAUGGAGUGAGAAAUACUUGUAUACAUACCUGGACAGCCGCUUGUUGCAGGUUCUGUACAAUCGAUUCGACAUUCCCUUUUGGCAACGAGGCAAUUUCGCGCUCUCUUACUCAAACGGUACCUCCACCGUCGACCCCUGGAGCGAAACAGGAAACGAUGCCACACCGUUUGACCAAGAAUUUUACCUGAUCCUCAACGUUGCUGUUGGGGGAACAAACGGAUGGUUCACAGACGGCGAGGACGGUAAGCCGUGGGUUGAUGCAAGUCCCACAGCGAAGAGGGAUUUUUGGACUGCGAAGAAUAGCUGGUAUCCGACGUGGCAGAACAAGAAUGGAAAUGCUUUGCAGGUGAAGAGCGUCAAGAUGUGGCAGCAGCAAGGUUAUAACGGUUGUGGAGCCGAAGCUGUAGACAUAAGAUAGAAUGAUCGUGGCUGAGGGCGUAUGAUUGCCCUGGUAUAGUAGACGGGUAAGCUGUCCUUUGCCAUAGCUUCAGCUAAUUGCAUGUAUCAUACCUGAUUGUCGUUUCUCGGAAAUCA